AUGGUGGGUAUUUGUAUACCUUAUUGUUCCCUGAAUUUGAUUGGAUUUUUACGCAUUAUGUUAGGCGACUGGAAACGGCCGGAUUUGCCAAGCAGAUGCACAUUUUCUCUACAAAAGACAAUUUCUGAUAGUCCCCACCGACAUUUGCCUGUCUCAGAAAAAGCUAAAAUAGUGAAGAGUGCCUUAGAACUUAUAGGUAAUACACCCUUAGUUCGAAUUGAUAGAAUUGCAAGAAGUGAGGGCAUUGAGUGUGAACUUUUAGCCAAAUGCGAAUUUUUCAAUAUUGGUGGGAGCGUUAAGGAUAGAAUAGGCAGGCGUAUGAUUGAAGAAGAAGAAAAAGAAGGAAGGCUGAAACCAGGAGAUACAAUCAUAGUUCCUACUUCUGGAAAUACAGGCAUCGGUUUAGCUCUUGUGGCUGCAAUUAAAGGCUAUCGUUGUAUUAUUGUCAUGUCAGAUAAAAUGAGUCGUGAAAAGGAAUCCUAUCUACAUGCUUUGGGUGCUGAAACUGUGCGUACACCGGCAUCAGCAAAUUUUGAUGAUCCUGAUUCACCAUUUUUGGUAUCAGAAAAAAUAAAACGAGAAAUUGGUUCUUCUGCACACAUAAUUGAUCAGUAUACAAAUCCAUAUAAUCCAAUAGCACAUUUUGAUGAGACAGCUGAAGAGAUUUUCCGUGAUUGUACAAAUGAAAAUGGUAAAGUAUGGCUGGAUAUGUUAGUCGUUGGCGCUGGUACUGGUGGUACAAUCAGCGGAUUGUCGAGAAAGAUGAAAAUGAAGUUACCGAAUUGUUUGAUUGUUGGAGUAGAUCCUAUCGGUUCUAUUUUAGCUGAUCCAAGCUCUAACGAAGUAGCUCCAUAUGAUGUUGAAGGUAUUGGUUAUGAUUUUAUUCCAACUGUCUGUGAUCUUAGUGGAGUUGAUGAAUGGUGUAAAACUGAUGAUUCUAAUUCAUUUGAAAUGGCAAGAAGACUUAUACGCGAAGAAGGUUUACCGUGUGGUGGUAGCAGUGGAGCUGCUGUGCUUGGUGCUAUAAAAGCUAUCAAGAAACACGGUCUGGGUAAAGAGCAUAGAGUUGUAGUUCUAUUACCUGAUGGUGUUCGUAAUUACAUGACAAAAUUUUUAACUGACGAUUGGAUGUUCAGCCGAGGAUACAUGAACUUUCCACUUGGUGAUUCAUUUCGAAAUAACUGGAUAACUAGUAAAGUAGACAAACUACUCAACGACCUACCGAAAACAGUUAGAAUAUCCACUCAACAAACUAUAAAACAGGCAUCAGAUCUAAUGAAAUCUGAGAAUGUACGCGCAUUGAUAGUACAAAAUGAAAAUAAAGAUACCAGAAGUACCGUUCUCGGCAUAUUCGAUUCCAGUGUUCUUCGAUUACUUUUUAGUGGUUCUGUUAAGCCAUCUGAUUUGGUAGUCUCAGGGAUUAAUAAAAACUUUCGACAAGUUGAAGAGAAACAUGGACUUGAUCGUAUUUCUCGUGAGUUGACAGUAGAACCAUAUGUUGUUGUAUGGAAGUUAGACGAUCCUUAUCUGGUGUGUCGCGAAGACUUUCUUCAUUGGUCAUUAUCUCAACAAUAG